GGCCACGUAUCUCACAUGAAGCGGAGAGUAUUUUCCCACGAGUAAAAGCCCAAGCCAUGCCCAACUACAACCCCACCUUCAGCUACGUGGUUGUACGGACGACGAGUUUCAGAUAGAAUCUACAGAAUGAGAGCGUUGUACGGCGCGUGCACAUCUGCUCUCCUUACCACCACCGUCACGCGCCAAUCGAGUCUCUUUAGCGCGAGUAAACUGCAGCCGUGUCAGCGGCUUAGAGGAGGAGCUAUUAGUGCCAAGGGUGGAAUGGCAGUUGCGACGGCGGAUGACCAGCGGUUGAAGAAAGGAAUAGCGGAGUUCUACGACGAAUCAUCUGGAGUUUGGGAGAAUAUAUGGGGAGAACACAUGCAUCACGGCUUCUACGACCCCGACGCCGUCGUACAGAUCUCCGACCACCGAUCUGCUCAGAUCCGUAUGAUUGAACAAGCACUCCAUUUCGCCUCUGUUCCCGAGGACUCCCAGAAGAAACCUAGGAGCAUAGUUGAUGUUGGAUGUGGCAUUGGAGGUAGCUCAAGGUACCUAUCAAGAAAAUACGGGGCAGAAUGUUAUGGCAUCACCCUCAGCCCUGUACAAGCCAAGAGAGCCAAUGAUCUUGCUGCUGCCAAAGGAUUGGCCAACAAGGUCUCAUUUGAAGUUGCAGAUGCUUUAAACCAGCCAUUUCCUGAUGGAAAGUUUGACCUGGUUUGGUCAAUGGAGAGCGGAGAGCAUAUGCCUGACAAACUAAAGUUUGUUAGUGAGUUGGCUCGUGUAGCUGCGCCAGGUGGCACCAUAAUUAUAGUGACAUGGUGCCACAGGGACCUUUCCCCUAGUGAAGAAUCCCUACGACCAGAUGAAAAAAGGCUUUUGGACAAGAUUUGUGAUGCAUUUUAUCUUCCUGCUUGGUGUUCUACUUCUGAUUAUGUAAACUUAUUGGAAUCCCUUUCACUUCAGGAUAUAAAAUCAGCUGACUGGUCGGAGAAUGUUGCCCCAUUUUGGCCAGCUGUGAUAAGGUCUGCAUUGACAUGGGAAGGUCUAACUUCAUUGCUACAAAGUGGAUGGAAGACUAUAAGAGGGGCAUUAGUGAUGCCGUUGAUGAUUGAAGGAUUCAACAAGGGUGUGAUUAAAUUCUCGAUUAUUACAUGUAGAAAGCCUGAAUAAGUAAGUAUAUGUAUGUAUUCCUAGACUCUUACUGUUUGUGCCACAUUGGUACCUAAGAUAAGAUACACAUGAAAUUCAAAAGAGAUUCUUGAAUGAAAAAAAGUAAAAUUAUAUCUCC